GCGGCGGCGGCGAUGGGCGCCCUAGAGGAAGAGAGCUUCGCCCAGUCCAUCUCUUACGCCUCUGAUGCAGAAUUUGAUGCUGUGGUUGGAUAUUUAGAGGACAUUAUCAUGGAUGAUGAGUUCCAGUUAUUACAGAGGAAUUUCAUGGACAAGUACUACCAGGAGUUUGAAGACACAGAAGAGAAUAAGCUCACCUACACACCUAUUUUUAACGAAUAUAUUUCUUUGGUUGAAAAGUAUAGAGAACAGUUGUUGGAGCGAAUUCCUGGAUUUAACAUGGCGGCUUUCACUACAACUCUACAGCACCAUAAAGAUGAAGUGGCCGGUGACAUUUUCGACGUGCUGCUCACGUUUACAGAUUUUCUGGCUUUCAAAGAAAUGUUUCUGGACUGUCGAGCAGAAAAAGAAGGCUGGGGACUGGACUUAAGCCGCGGUUUAGUGAUGACUUCAUUGUGCAAAUCAUCUUCUGUGACAGCUAGACUAUGA